AUGGGUUAUCGUGGUAUUCGUAAACACUUAAAACGACUUCAUGCACCAAAACAUUGGAUGCUUGAUAAGUUGGGCGGUGUUUUUGCACCCAAACCAUCAGCUGGUCCACACAAGACACGCGAAUGUCUACCAAUGAUCAUCUUUUUACGUAACCGUUUGAAAUAUGCCUUGACCUAUGUUGAAGCAAGAAAAAUCUGUAAACAACGUCUUAUCAAAAUCGAUGGCCGUGUCCGAACUGAUUUUCUUUUUCCAGCUGGCUUUAUGGGUUUGUUAUAA